AUGUCCGAACGCAAGGUCAUCAACAAGCACAUCCCGGUGGACUUCGACCCGGCCCUCCUGCCGCGGGUCAAGCGCCGGGCCGACAAGCAGGUGAAAGUCCGUCUGGAGUCGCCCUUCACCUGGCGGUGUAACUCCUGCAGCAACUACACGUACUUCGGCAAGCGUUUCAAUGCGCGCAAGGAGGAGGCCGAGGCGGCCCUGUCGUACCUCGGGGUCCGGGUCUUCCGGUUCUACAUCCGGUGUCCCUCCUGCUCGGCGGAGGUGAUGUUCCGCACGGACCCGGCCAACAAUGACUACGUGCUGGAGAAGGGUGCCACGCGGGCCAAUGAGUCCUGGCGGGAUGGCCAGCGCGAGCGCAUCGCCCGGGCCGAGCAGCAAGACCGCGAGGCGGCCGAGGCGGCCGCCCGCGGCGAGGCUCCCAAGAAGGAGGACAGCCUGGCCCAGAUCGAGCAGCGCAUGCUGGACGUCCAGGCCGAGAUCGAGCGCGACCAUCAGCUGGAGGAUAUCCGCGCCGGGGCGGCCCUCCGUGCGCGGGCCACCCCCGGGGCCAUCCUCAGCAUGCUGGAUGGCAAGCACCGGGCCGAGGAGGCUCGCGAGCAGGAGGAGGAGGACCGGCUGGUGCGCGAGGCCGAGCGCCGCAUGGCCGCCGCCCGGCGUGUGCCCUCCUCCGUCAGCAGCCUGGCCUCCGAUGACCUGGGGGCCUGGGCGCCGGUGGUGGAUGUCCCGGCCGGGCCUGGCGCGGCCGCCGAGGCUGCCCCGGCCGGACCGGGCCCGACCUCUGCCGCCGGUGGUGCCGCCCCCGCGCCGGGGCCCCGUGUGAUUGCGCGUCCCAAGCGCCAGCCGACCAUCGCCGCCAUCGAGGAGGACGAUGAUGGCGACCGGGCUGGCGGCGACCGGUUGCCGCCGCUUGGCCGCUCGACCCGGCAUGCGUCGGCCGCAUCGCUGCUGCCGGCGGUGGCCGAUGCCGGGCCGGCGGCCGUGGCGCCGGUGUCCCCGGCUUCGGAUGCUGCUCUGUCCGAGGCCCGGCCCUCGUCGGCAGGGCCGGCAGCCGUCCCGGCUGUCAGUGCCCCGGUGGCGGCCGCCCCCCCGGCGGUGGCGUCGCUCUCGGCGCCCCUGGUGUCCGGGGGCCAGGCCCCGCGUAGCCGGCCGAAUGGUGUCGGCUCGGCGCGGCCCCGGUCCGGCCUGCUCGCCGGCGUGGUGAUCAAGCGCCGAAAGACCGACGCCUGA